GAGUACGUGACGGUCACCAGAUGCCUAGGCAGGCUCCCUUGAAAUGGCAGGGCUGCUGUCCAAAAUCCUGCUGGGUCAUUGCUAUUUACAGGCAGCCUUCCCGGCGUGCGGUGGAUAUCCCAAGCGGGGCUAUUUUUAAGCAGGGCUAUGGCUUGCCGUGGGUUAAGCUGGUGUGGACAGAAAGCGAGAUGAUCUAGCCAUCUACUGCAGAUGGCCUGAUCUUGAACAGAAACCUGACUGUAAUUGUCCCUGGAUCCAGGCCCCAGACAAAGACGCUGGAAGGAGGUCCCUCCAGCCCCUGGCUCAGGGCCCGGUCUGCUGCUGGAGCCAGGCAGCUUGAGACAUCCUCCUCUCCGACCUUGGCUUGAGGGGUUCAUCCUCCAGAGCUCACCAGGGCCCCAAGGCUGGUACACCUGAGAGAAGAGAGAAACAAAUCCCCCAACAGAUGUGCAAUUUCACCUGCUGGCCCUUCAAUUCUGAGAUCCAGAGCCCUGGCAGAGGAGCCUCCAGGACCAGGCCUGGGGAGCAAGACUGGCUCCGCCUUUUACGUUUCAGAGAAAGAGCAGGUGCUAUAAAGGGCCCAGCGCCCACGGGCCUGCCUUCAAGGGUACAGCUGUGGGGGCCGGUGCGCCCGGAGGUCUACGCUGGGAUUGGUGAGGUCCUCUAGCCCCGCCCCGCCAAGGAGGAUUUCCAGGCCGGCCCGACCAGCUCGCCCUGCAUACACUUCUUGGCUGUGUGCGCUCAGCAGGACGUGGGAGGCUCCGGCUUCAAGACACUCAUCCAAGAGGAAGGAUGGCCAGUAUCUUUUCUAAGUUGCUAACUGGCCGCAAUGCUUCUCUGCUGUUUGCUACCAUGGGCACCAGUGUCCUGACCACCGGGUACCUGCUGAACCGGCAGAAAGUGUGUGCCGAGGUCCGGGAGCAGCCUAGGCUAUUUCCUCCAAGCGCAGACUACCCAGACCUGCGCAAGCACAACAACUGCAUGGCCGAGUGCCUCACCCCCGCCAUUUAUGCCAAGCUUCGCAACAAGGUGACACCCAACGGCUACACGCUGGACCAGUGCAUCCAGACUGGAGUGGACAACCCUGGCCACCCCUUCAUAAAGACUGUGGGCAUGGUGGCUGGUGACGAGGAGUCCUAUGAGGUGUUUGCUGACCUUUUUGACCCCGUCAUCAAACUAAGACACAACGGCUACGACCCCAGGGUGAUGAAGCACACAACGGAUCUGGACGCAUCAAAGAUCACCCAAGGGCAGUUCGACGAGCAUUACGUGCUGUCUUCUCGGGUGCGCACUGGCCGCAGCAUCCGUGGGCUGAGCCUGCCGCCCGCCUGCACCCGGGCCGAGCGAAGGGAGGUAGAGAACGUGGCCAUCACUGCCCUGGAGGGCCUCAAGGGGGACCUGGCUGGCCGCUACUACAAGCUGUCCGAGAUGACGGAGCAGGACCAGCAGCGGCUCAUCGAUGACCACUUUCUGUUUGAUAAGCCAGUGUCCCCUUUAUUAACAUGUGCUGGGAUGGCCCGUGACUGGCCAGAUGCCAGGGGAAUCUGGCAUAAUUAUGAUAAGACAUUUCUCAUCUGGAUAAAUGAGGAGGAUCACACCAGGGUAAUCUCAAUGGAAAAAGGAGGCAAUAUGAAACGAGUAUUUGAGCGAUUCUGUCGUGGACUAAAAGAAGUAGAACGGUUAAUCCAAGAACGAGGCUGGGAGUUCAUGUGGAAUGAGCGCCUAGGAUACAUUUUGACCUGUCCUUCGAACCUUGGAACAGGACUACGAGCUGGUGUCCACGUUAGGAUCCCAAAGCUCAGCAAGGACCCACGCUUUUCUAAGAUCCUGGAAAACCUAAGACUCCAGAAGCGUGGCACAGGUGGUGUGGACACUGCCGCGGUCGCAGAUGUGUACGACAUUUCCAACAUAGAUAGAAUUGGUCGAUCAGAGGUUGAGCUUGUUCAGAUAGUCAUCGAUGGAGUCAAUUACCUGGUGGAUUGUGAAAAGAAGUUGGAGAGAGGCCAAGAUAUUAAGGUGCCACCCCCUCUGCCUCAGUUUGGCAAAAAGUAAACUUUCCCUUUCCCAAUUUAUAAAUAAUCUGUCUGCUGGUACGACAGACAUAAAUCUCUACUCUGAGAGUUUUUAUACACUUGGAAAAAUAUAAAAUUGUAGAUCCUGCCUAUCUUUACAAUAAAACUCUCCUUAAUAUA